AAAAUGUCGAUUGACAACGGCUUAGAAACGAAGCCGGCAGAAUGCAGUGGCUUCAAUUAUUUAUUUAUUUAAUUUCCUUGUUAAUAUUAAAAACAGCUGCCCAAAUUGAGCGUGAUGAGAAUGGCUACAUUGCCUACUGUCCCUGUAUGGGACGCUUUGGUAACCAGGCGGAUCAUUUUCUUGGCUCUUUGGCCUUUGCAAAGGCACUGAAUCGGACACUUAUACUGCCGCCAUGGGUGGAGUAUCGCAAGGGGGAGAUGCGGUCGCGCCAGGUGCCGUUCGACACGUACUUUGAAGUGGAGCCACUGCAGGACUAUCAUCGCGUCAUUCUCAUGUCCGAUUUCAUGACGCAGCUUGCGGCAGAGUUGUGGCCGACGGCGGAGCGUGUCUCCUUCUGCUACAUGGAGCGGAAGAGUUUGCAGCAGGAGAAGAACGAUCCAGCGGCGCCCAAUUGCCAUGCCAAGGACGGGAAUCCGUUUGGUCCGUUCUGGGAUACGUACAGCAUUGAUUUCGUCGCCUCUGAGUUCUAUGGUCCAUUGCACUUUGAUGUGCAUCACAGUGCCAUUGCAUCCAAGUGGCAAAACAAUUAUCCCGCUGAUAAAUGGCCCGUGUUGGCAUUUACGGGUGCGCCAGCAAGUUUCCCCGUGCAGCACGAGAAUCGUAGCCUGCAAAAGUACUUGAAAUGGAGCAGGAAGUAUAGGGAAUCCGCUCGAGAAUUCAUACGCAAUGUGUUGCCGCGUGGGGCAUUCGUUGGCUUACAUUUGCGCAAUGGCAUCGAUUGGGUGCGUGCCUGUGAGCACAUCAAGGACAGUCAGCAGUUGUUCGCAUCGCCCCAGUGUCUGGGAUAUAAGAAUGAGCGAGGUGAGCUCUACCAUGAGCUCUGUAUGCCCACCAAGGAGGCAAUUGUGCGCCAGCUAAAGCGCACCAUCAAAAAUGUGCGGCAGACACAGCCGACAAACGAGGUGAAGUCCGUUUUUGUGGCAUCCGAUGCCAAUCAUAUGAUUGGCGAAUUGAGCUCAGCCUUAAGUCGCAUGGACAUAAGUGUGCACAAGCUGCCCGAAGAUGAUCCCUACUUGGAUUUGGCCAUUUUGGGACAGUCGAAUCACUUCAUUGGCAAUUGCAUUUCAUCGUAUACGGCGUUUGUGAAACGCGAACGGGAUUCACACGGAUUUCCGUCGUAUUUCUGGUCCUUCCCCAGGGAGAAGGAACGCCAGCAGGCAAAGGCGCAUGAGGAGCUAUAAAGCCAUCAGAAUCUCUGACAAUUCCCAAGUGGGAUGCAUAUUUAUGACAGCAUGACGAGCAUGCCUAAAUUAUCAAUCUACUUUAAAAACAUAGCCUUUAGUUUUAAGCUAGAAAGUAUUUACCUGCAUUUAACAAGAAACAAACCAACAAUCUUAGAUAACUUAACUUAUUAUAUGGACAUAUCCAUAAACAGGUUAUGUAAACAAAAAAAAAUAUAUAUAUAACUAUAUUCUCAACAUGUGAAAAAUGGCUGCGAAACUUUUACGACUAAUUUGGCAUAUCUUGGUUGAAAAAAUCGGAUCGCUUUUUCGAUUCGUAAGAAGGAGCUCUAUGGAUUGGUAUUCAAAAAUGAACAUGUAAAACUCUGCUACUAUUCAUAACACAGUAGUAGUGGUAACAUUUAUACUACUAUAUAAAAGGGCAUCUCCUCUUUCUUGACCGAGUUUCUAUUAAAACAUAUGUUUGACUUGA